AUGGCAGGCACAGAUCCCCGGAGGUCGUCGAGGGCGCGAGCCAACCCCUCCCAGUCGCAGAUCUCCUCAUCUGCCUCGAGCGUCUCGGGCCGUCCUGAGCGCAGCUCCAGGUACUUCAACAAAGGCGCUUCGCCGCAAAAAUCGAACUCUACCGGUUCGCUUUCGUCGGAGCCCCCAGAAGAUACAAUCACCGCCGAGGACCCGUUCGGCACGCGCCGUCGGACUAGGGGACAAGCUGAGGAACGAGAAAGAGCUGGAAGCAAAGUCGAGGCAGUCAACAUGGCGAGCGGUGACGGCGAUGCUCAGGAAGAGGACGAAGCUGUACGCUGCGUCUGCGGCAACGACGAGUACCAGGGUCCGCCGCCGCUUGACGAAGACUCGAAGCACGGCUUUAAGCAUGCCUUUGGCCUUGACCCGUUCUUUUCAGCUGAUCCCACCGACGAUACGGCCGGAUUGUUUGUGCAGUGCGACAUCUGCAAGGUCUGGCAGCAUGGUGGCUGUGUGGGAAUCAUGACUGAAGAAUCGAGUCCAGAGGAAUACUUUUGCGAGCAGUGUCGCCAGGACUUGCACAAACUAUGGACGGCAAGCAACGGAAGCGUAUAUUCGCAUUAUCUCCCGCUUAGGCGACACGCGCGAACGGCGUCAAGAGCGGCAUCUCUCCAGAAGGACACUGCCCGCUCUCCCACCAAAGAGAAAGAGACUCGAAACGGGAGAACAGCGUCCGCAAGUCAGACCUCGAAGAGACGAUCGACGUUGAACAGCAGAGAAGCCGGGUACGACGAAACGGAGGCUUUACUACGGGCAAUUGAAGCCAGCAAGCAAGAUGCCCUUCCUGAGCAGGUGGAGAGUGGGAGUAGGAGACUGAAGCGUGGAAGAAGCGACAGUCAAGAAAAAGUGGAGACCAUGAAGCGCCAGAAAACGAGUUCUCGAUCAGCGUCGCCCUCCUCAGACAAGAACGAUGAGGACUCAGACGAGGCCGAACUUGCCGGCCGUAGCGGGGCGUCGAAAUCGAAAUCGCGUAGUGCGGCGACUGCACGGAAUCAACGCUCCGAGAAAGCAUCGGAGAGGGAGGAGCGAGAACGGCAACGGGCUGAGACUGCGAACAAGCGGAAAGGGAGAGCCGACCGUCGGCGAGCUGAGGAUCCUUCAGAAGAAGCGCCCUUGGCGGCCCGGGCGGCUGCAAACAAGACGGCGCACGCUGCCGGGACCUCGACUGCGGUGACUGCGACGGCUGCAGAGGUCGUCCGACCUCCAGCCGCGGCAGAACCGCCGCCUACUUCCAACUCGGCGCCAGAUACGCCGCCCACGAUUACGGCCCAAGGCAAAGCCGACAAAAAAAGGUCACAUAAAAGGAGAGGCCGCAAUCAGUCUACCCGCGAUCGGGAUACCAACGAGGACGAAUCUCCCCCCCGGUCUCAGUCGCGUGACAUUCAAAAGGAGGAUCAUAUAACCUCGGGAGGUGGGAAAUUUGGCGGAGACAGCAGCGUCAAAGCAAACCCCAAAUCAAAAGGCGGAAUGAGCAGCAAGAUCACCAUGAACGAUAUGAAAAGAAGGGCAGCUGCACUGCUGGAUUUCAUCUCGCGAACGCAAGUGGAACUCGCCGGCGAGUCGGUCACAGGGCCUGCGGCCGGGGCAGUGAAUAGCACCGGUGACGGCUCAGCGGCCGCUGCGAAAAAACCCCCAAGCGGGGCCAUCAGUGAUGCCCCAGUGCCGGCACCGGCAGGCGACGGAGACGCUCGGCUAGAGAAAGACUUCAAAGAACUCGGCUGCAUGGAGAUGAUGGACACUUUGACUCGGCGACUGGUCAAGUGGCAACAACAGUACGCCAACUAG